CGUUGUUGCGGUUGGAUUUUGUUAUUUUAUUGUUGUUGUUGUUGUUGCUGUCGCUACUAAGUUCGUGUCUCCGCCACAAUACACACCAUUUUCUCAAGCUGCAAAAAACGCAAAAUGAUUAAACAAAUUAACUGUCAAUCAAAUGUCAGUUAUCUUUUUCACUAUACGACAAAAUUGUACAAAUAACAGCAAAACAAACAAAAACACUAAACUCAAAUUGAAUCAAAAUUUGCUCGUUGCGGUCGCCGCUUGUGGAAACCGUUGUGUUGGAGUUUCACAGUUUCUCCUUGCGUCUUUCGUCUGCGCGCGUUCUCCGUGUGUGUGAUAUAACAACAGCCGUUAAGCAGUGACUGAAACAACCAACGGGACUUGUUGUUGUUGUUGUUGCUGCUCUUCUACUUCUACAUCUACUUCUACUCCUACUUCGUUUUUGCCGUCUCCAUCUUCAUCUGUGUUGCCAGUGGGAGCAGUGAAGCAAUCGCGCCAAAUGCAUCGCCAUUGACGACGGGGCUACGUGGAUGCCAAGUUGGCCAUAAAAUCACCAGCAGCAGCACCAGCAGCAGCAGCAAUCAGCGAGGCCAACAACAACAACAAUUCAUUUCUGGUCAAUUCCUUUGACAAUUGUGGGCAGGUGUACGCAACAUUUAAAUGAAGCAAUAUGGGGAAUGGUAUGAACAAGGUCUUGCCGGGACUUUAUGUGGGCAACUACCGCGACUCCAAAGAUCAUCAGCAGCUAGAAAGAUUCAAAAUUUCCCACAUCAUAGCCAUACAUGACAGUCCAAGGCGUCUGUUGCCGGACAAGCAUUAUUUGUGCGUGAUGGCCUCAGAUACGCCAGAUCAAAAUUUAUCACAAUACUUUUCCGUGUGCAAUGAUUUCAUACACGCAGCCCGGCUGCGGGAGGGUAAUGUCCUGAUCCACUGUCUGGCCGGGAUGUCGCGUUCGGUGACUGUCGCUGUUGCGUACAUUAUGACGGCCACGCAUCUCAACUGGAAGGAGGCGUUGAAGGUGGUGCGCGCUGGACGCGCAGUUGCCAAUCCCAACGCCGGCUUUCAGACUCAGUUACUCGAAUUUGAGCAAUACAAAUUGGCCGACGAGCGACGGCGGCUGCGAGAGCGUUUCCCAUCAUCAGCCUUGGAGCAGCUGGAUCGUGUCAAAUGCGGCAUGGCGUUGGACAAUUACCAGGAGCUCUUGCAGAACCGGGACAUAUGCGAGGGCAACUGCUCUCGGGGACAAAAGUGUCCAACAGGCGUCUGCAAUAUGGAUCCCAGCAAAGGUCUCUUCCGACGCCGUCCUUCGAGCGCCUCCACCCAUUCCAGGCUGCGCGCCCAAUCCUCCAAUUCCAACUUGAACAGCUCGACAAGUACGCUGGGUGUUAGUAGUGCUGCCGGUGGAGGAUCUCUUGUUGCCGCCCAAUCCUGCCCCACAUCACCGAAACACUCGCCGCUGCAGCGUCGUUCGGUUGGCAAUGAGCGUAUACCCGAAGAUGAGAUUGCCUACCAGCAGUCAGCUGGGAGUCCAACGGCCACCACGUCCAGUGAGGCGGCACAGUAUGCAGCGGCCAUUGAGGAUGCACGCAGGGAGCAGAGACAGCAACAGCAGCAGUACCAGCAGCGAAAUCAACAACAGCAGCAGCAGCAGCAACAGCAGCAGCAACAGCAACAGUCUCAGCAGCAACUCCAACGUUCUCCGUCCCGUCAAAGCUACAAGUCUGGCGGCCGUGGCAACUCAGUGAGUGGAACUGAGCGUGUGAGCAGCGCUGGCAAUCACCGGGAGCCGGCCGCCGCUGAAAGCAAGAUCGGUGGAGUUCCGCUGCAGCGCAGUGCCAGCACCGUUAGCGGUUUCGGUGUGCGUCCCCGCAGCAGUCCAGCGGGUCUGCAUGCCUAUACCGGUUCGGUGCCAUCCUCUAUUCACGGAUCGCGUGUUGAUCUUGGCGAAGUCGACAAGGGUUCAGCUAUUUACUUGGGUUGCACAGGACCACGGGCGUCCAACUUAUCGAUUGCGUCGUCGCGUGGCUCAUCGGGCGGCUCGGCACCGCCAUCACCGUGCAACACGCCUCCAUCCAGUCCGGCGCGGCAGGCCAUCCGAAGAUCGACGAGCGUGCUCAAAAAGACCAGAUGAAGUGGCCAGGCUCGUCUCUCAUAUAUGGCAGGACCACAACUAUCAACUGUAACUGUUGCGUUUGGAACACUUUGGCUGACUUAGGCUGGUCUAACUAUUGAUUAACUUUGAGGGGAUAGUCAAAAGAAAUUGAGAAAUAUAGCAAAAGACAGCUUACAUCUCAGACCCGCCCAAAAAAUGUAUACCGAGUUGAUCUCUGCGCCAAUUGGACCAUUCGGCAGUUCAUCUCAAUAAAAUAGAAAUUGCGCUCGAGGCUUGUUCCAUAAUAUAGGGCCAAUAUCAUUCAUAAAGAACAUUUAUUUGGACACAUGUCUAUAUUUGACUGUCAGCUAAAAAUUUCAUAGUACUCGGCAAAUUGUUACAAACGAUUUUUUCCGGAAUAUGUUGAGAAUAUUGCAAUUUGAUCUUUUAAGAAAAACACCUUACGUUAAACGGCAAUCGAAAUGAGCUGAGGAAUUUCGUUUUUACAAAAUACUUUGGUAUCUACUAUCGUCCAUGAAUCGUUAGUUACUUUCUUAAACUUAUGAUAUUGGAAGCUAUAGAAAAAACGCUAGCUUUAGCUUAAUACUGUUGAACAAUUUUAUUGUAGAGCAUUUCUUAAUCGAGUGCAAAAAUGAAUUAAUCAAAAGCGAAUAAUUAGGAAGCGACAACAUUGACAAAUUGUAAUAAUCAAAUAAGAUUGUUGGCACACUAUUUUUUCAGAGACGCAUUUAACAAAU